AUGGGGCAGGCGGGCAGCCAGCCGAGCGAGCCGCGCGCCCGCCGCGCGCACACGCUACCACACGAGCCGUUGCGACACGCACCUAAGGUACUGCCUUCUCUAACGGAGUCGCCACGACUACGGAGUACUGAUAAUGGCGCUAUCUUACAAUCGGGUGGCACUAUCAGUGGGAGACGACCGCCCGCACUUCAAGAGAGCAGAGUGCCUCAUGGGCAUGUGCACUCAAACGUAUAUAGAUCGAGAUCAGCUGGAGGUACUGGAGAAAAUGAGAUUAGAACCAGAGAACGUGAUCCAUUGCAUAGAUCACACACAAAUUUGGAGUUUAGGCAUAAUGAUUCAAAUAAUGUCAAUAAAAGAUUUGGGUCUGAGCCAGAUCUAAGAAUUGAAGAAGAACAACAAAAGUCAAAAAAUAAUAACAAUAAACACUUUCGUAAAAAAUACAGAGCACCCCCACCACCAAGUAAUGAUCUACGAGAGGGUUCAUCGCCGGAUUCCGGUGAAGGGAACGCGAAACUUGAACCUCAACGCAAACUGAGAUUAUUUAGAACAAGAAACGAAACCAAAAAAUUAAAUGGUCACAUGGAUUCUAAAAUACCUGUUUACAAAAGCACUUACACCGAUUUCAAAUCAUUAGACUUAAACGACCAAUUCGGAAGAAGAUACAAGUCCCCUUGUAAAGAUAACGACCAAAGCUACAGUUACAUGGACAAUAAUGAUAUGGUGCAAAGUUCAACGUCUUUGAAAAAAGAAGAACGAUUACUUCAAGGAAAACAAGACUACAGAAAAACACGGACAGAUAGAAUAAGUGGAUGUAGAGCAAAAACGUCGAAAACGAAUGAGAGUGAAGCGUGGAAAACGCCUUUACUUAACAAAAACUUUAGACAUUCUGAUAGAUUUAAGAAUGAUCAACCGAUAUUAAGGAGGGAAAAGACCUUCGAUGACACACUUACAAUAAGUGAGAGAGAGAAUGAAUCACCAAGAGCUUUACACGACAAGAAAUCUAAAGCUCUCGGUGAGGAGUUAAGCUGCAAGCUAAGCCCGUUAGGUCAAAGAAAUCAGCCUUUAAGAAAAUCACUUCCUUCGUUACUGCACAAGAGUAACGAAGAAAAAGAUGAAUUUCAAGAAGAACUUAAAAAGGCGACCAGUAGAAUAAGGAAAGAAUUAGGCGAUAAAUUAAUUGUAAGCGAAAAUACUAGUCAAAACAAUAAAACACAAAAACCAAACCCAUCGAAGUUGGUGACGCAAAAAGUCAAGGAAUCUAGUCUUACAGCGAAUAAAGUGGAUUCUAAACCGAUCUGCACUAGGCGGCCAUUAAGUCGACUUAAUGAAACUAAGCCUAAAACACAGCUUAAUAAAAUUAGGAGCGAUCAAAAUUAUAAGAGUGAAAGUAAAGAAAAUGUGAAGUCGAUGCCGGAUAGAGGACAAGCGUCGGGGAAAGAAUCAACGCCUGAACACUCACCGACGAGGAGAAAGGGAUCCACGAGCAAUGUUGUCCCCGAGAUACAAAGGUCUGCGCCAUCAAAGCAGUUCUACUUUGGUAUGAUUGAAAGUAGAAAAUCAGAACCACAGGAUAAUUUAAAGGACUUCCCCGGGCUCGGUAGUCCCAUUAUAGAAGAGUUCACUAACUUCCACUUAAUAGAGAAGAAACUCCUCGGAUACCAUGAAGAAGAUGAAAUGGAUAAGUUCAACGAGAAGUUCAAGGAAGAUUGUAAAAGAAAUCUAUCGUCGGAGUCGGCGCUGUCGUCGGAGGGGUCGGAGGGCGGCUCCCCGCGCCUGGCGCUGCGCCUGCGCCCGACGCUGCCCAAAAAGGCCCCGCGCGCCGCGCGCUUCUCGCCUGCCGCCGCCUGGAGGCAGCUCGCCAGCCUCGACGCACAGCUUGCCGAAACUCAACCACUAGCAGUAGAAACUAAAAUGUCAGCGGACUUGCCUUCAGAGUCAUCUCCGCGUUCAGAUCAGUCUGCUGAUAAAUCUGGAGAUUCAGGAAUAUCUGGAGAUCACGGACACAGCGACCACAGGAUAGACUCGCCUAGACAUGUGGCAGAACCAACAUGGACUCCCCAACAAGACCUGGGCGACAGCAGCUCGGACGGGACCGCGCGGGAGCCGCGCGCCGGCGCCGCCUACAGCCCCGAGCGCAGCGCCGCCUACAGCCCCACCUACACGCCCGGGGCACAGCCAUUCAGCCUCAGUCUGCCCCGCGACGACAAAGGAAAGCAAUUACAGCAGGGAUUCAACAGUCUUCAAAAGCUUAGGAAAUCAGUAUCGGGUGCUUUAGGUGCAGCUUUGGGCUCUAGGAAGUUCGAUUUGGAACAUGAACCCAUGUUGGAGGAACCUGAACAGAACUGGUUCUUGACUAAAUCAGCCCCAAAUUCUUUGAGCAACCCCUUAUUGUACCACCAGCCAUUGAGAACGAAGAUUUCUGAGGAUAUUGGAAAGGAAGAACCCUCUUUAGUUACGGAAAAGGGCGCGGAGGACGGCAGCAGGUGGAGCUCGUACGUGAAGUGGGGCGGCCACGCCAUGUACCUGCCGCCGGCGCCGGGCCAGUCGCUCUCCAUGCUCGGCUCUACGGAACGACCUGUUAGGAGCAAGUCGAGCGGCUGCCUGGAGGCCUCGGCGCGGGCGGCGCGCGCCGCGCUGGCGGGCGAGAUGCGCGAGCGCGAGCGCUCGGCGUCGCCCGGCGCCGCGCGCGCUCUUCCCGCGCGCGUCGUGCCCGCGUCCGGGUAUAUAUUCGUGCUCAGCGCAAAGCGCAACUCAAACGCAGGUCGAGGGAAGAGAUUCACAUUCCAAUCUACUGUGCGACAGCUAGAGAGGCGACGCUUGGCGGAGAAGCUGUCUCGUGAAGCAGAUCUGAAGGAGCAACAGAGAAGAACAGAGCUGGAGGCCAUGAGGAGAGUUGAAGAAGAAUUCCAGCGUAAGAGGGCGAGAGAGAAGGCCAAUAUAAGACAGCAGCUGCGGCUGGUGAGCAGUGGCGCCAACAGCAUGCCGCCACCGUCUAACAAUAGCAAGACGCGUGACGAGCCAGACGGCUCCUGCCGCGGCUCGCCGGCGCCGGAGCGGCCGCGCGACGCGCGCGUGCGCAGCCACGCCUCCUCGGAGGGCAGCGCGCGCAGCAAGAGCUCCACACCCAUCCGCAGCGUGGAGCUGUCGGAGUGGCGGCAGGCCGACGCGCGCGUGUACCGCGACUGGGCGGCGACGGCGCACGCGCACCCGCCCGCCUGCGCGCGCAUGCCCAACACCGCGCACGCGUACGCCGCAGAAGGUGAGGCGUUCAGCGGCAGCCCGCGCUCCGACAACUACCGCCUGGAGUUCGCGCGCGGCCGCUCCCCGCGCGCCCCGCACUCCCCGCACUCCCCGCGCACACCGCGCGCCCCGCGCCUCCUCGCCGCGCGCUCCCCUACCUCCUCCACCUCCGGCAGCGAGCUCUCCUUGCGACAACCCAUUAAGAUCAGCAGUAAAAAGAGAUGCGAUGUUUUAAUCAAAGUAGCAUAUCAGUUAACAAGUUAUUCUUUUCCCAAGGUGGUGAUGCCAGUAGUAUUAACUAGGCUUGCGACAGACGAGAACCCACUAAAGAAGAAGAUACAGAGGAACCCG